GCACUUCACUACCUCUACGCUCACCAUUCACCGGCACUCCCUUCCUGGUAUUUAGGCUGCACUGGUUUUCGUUUGUUCUCUUCCGUCAGACAAAUCCAUUCUUGUGGCCGUCUUUCCCUUCCUGACCUUUCAUCCUCAGACAACCUCCACCCUCUCUUCCUUCAACACUAAGUCCGUCUGCGGUCGCCUCGCGACGUCUUCCUACGUUCAUCAUGCCCGACUUUGACUUCGAGGCCGCGAAGAGGAGUUUGACGGGAUACAUCACACUAUUCGACAGAGCAGCUGCUGGCGAGAAUGAUGGUUCUUUGCCCUGGACAAUCUUCCUGCACGCUACCCAAAAAGUUAACACCGUGGCUCAGAGCUUGCAGGAACGCUUGGAGGAAUGCCGCACCGAAUUUGAUCAAAUCAAGUUACACCGUGAAGAGAUUGCCGCCCGAGAGCGAGCCGUGGAGCAACAAGAGGCAAAUGCUCAGCAAACCCUUCAGCAGGCCGAGGACAAGGACCGGGAGACCCAGGAAAAGCUCAAUCAACUAGCCGAAAACCGCCGCCAGCAUCAGGAUCACGAGUUGCAGCUCAACACCAGACAGAUGGAGCUUGAUAGCCAGAAAGAGCAGCAGGGAAGAGAGCUCCAGGCACUCUACGAGGAGAAGGCUGUCGUGGCGCGAGAGAAACAAGAUGUUGCUCGCAACCAGAACACGUUGGAGGAGCUACGAAAGGAGAUCGAGGAGCGUGUGCGGGCACAGAUCAGACUAGACGAGCAUCUUGCGGACUUCCAGCGUGUCACAUCAGUCCUUGAGCAGCAGUUCCCGUCAAUCCUAGAGCAGCAGCUCGCGCCAGCUCUCCAGAAGCUGGACAACGUCUCGGCGCGAGUCCAAGCGAUUGAAGGACUCAUGGAGAGAACCAGUCACUUACAUGACCGUCUCGAGUCGGCCCAAAACACGGCCACACAAACCACAUCAAUCAUCGAGCAGCAGCUCGGAACAGCCCUCAACCAGUUGGACAGCGUGUCAGGGCAAGUACAAGCAAUCCAAAGAGUUGUGGAGCACCUCCUCAAAGAGCAGCUUGAACCGGCACUCGACAAGCUGCAAAAUGUGCCAGCGGGCUUACAGGCAAUUGAAAGAAUCCUCAGUGGCAUCGAUCGGUUGGAUGACCGCCUAGUAUCGACCGAGAACACCACUCGAAUGACGGAAGAGGAGCACGAUCGCAUGAUUAUGGAGUUGCGAGCCGAGAUCAUAACCGCCGUAUAUUUCAGAGAGGACGUUCGAGAGCUCAGACAAGCGCUCGACGAUAUUCGCAAGGUCCCCGAGCUUUGAGUGUUCAAACGAGGGCAUCUUCAUGCUGUAUGUAGUGUAGAUAAUUACGUACCUAGACUUAGAGGUAGCCUCACCAAUAGCUCUCACCGUGGGGUGAUGUUCAAG